UUCACUUUAGUUCUCUUCUUUAACCCAAUUCUCAAAUUUCCCAAAUUCGUCUCAAUCCCUAAUUCCUCUUUCUUCAACCUUUCCAUUAUCUCAUUGGGAGCGUGCUUCGGUGUUUCUGCGCUGCUCUAUUUUGUGUAUUAAUUAUUUUUCAUUUAAUUGAACUGUUACUAUACUAUAAAUGACGAAUGUUAGUGAUGCUGAACAAUUCGUGAUAAAGUAUAAAGUACGUACAGGGCACAAGAGAGAGUUUGCCUUUGCACUUAACUCUCACUCUGAGAUCGGGAUCUCAUUGAGUAAAACCCGACCUCGUAAGAACCAAAAUAUGGUUCCUACUCCUAAACCUAAGAAGACACGAAUGUCCAGUUCACAGGAAGAACUAAACGACAAUGUUGUUGAAGAAAUCUUCACAAAAAAUGGUGAUGAUGAUAAGAAGAAAUUAAAGAAUAAGAAGGUGAACAAAAAGAAUAAGAAGGCACCAACUCGAGGGAAAAAGCCAGAGUUUUGUGUGAAUUGCAGAGAUGUCAAUGUUGUGUCAGGACUAGUCUAUAGUUCAUGUGAGGAAUCAAAGAAUAGUCAACCAGGUCCAAGACAUACAACUCAGACCAGUAAUAGUCAUGUCUCACCAACAACCGCUAAUUACAGAUCUCGCAAACCGAUUGUGCCUCAAAGUUCAUCAUACAAAGGAAUGAAGUGCAUCACAUAUUGUGAUAAGAGUCCCCAGAGACUAACUAGGAAGGAUCAAUGCUUGCAUAAGUUGGUGUUUCAUGAAAGUGUGUUGAAAGAUGGAGCUGCAGUAGGAUAUUUUGUUGAUGGAGAGAAACAAUUACAUGGAGAAAUAAACAUAAACAAAUUUGGUAUUUUGUGUGAUUGUUGCAACAAAGUGGUGAGCCCUUCUAAGUUUGAAGCACAUGCAGGUUGGGCAUCACGAAGGAAACCUUACUCGCACAUACGCACCUCUAAUGGAGUCUCACUACAUGAGUUGGCCAUUAACCGGAGAAAUUCUAUGUCUGAUAGUGAUGAACAUUGCAGUAGUUGUCAACAAAGAGGGGAUCUUUUAUGUUGUGAUGGAUGUCAAAGAUCUUUUUACUUAGAUUGUAUUGAUCUUAAAUCCCAAUCAAAUAGCAAGUGGUACUGUAAAUAUUGGCGUAAUAAAUUCCAAAAGGACAAAAAUGUAGAGCAUAAAGCAAAUGAUGUGCCAACUGGAAGGAUUGCAGAGGGUGGUCCUUCAAAACAAAUAGUCGAGAUAAGCACCCUUUCAGUAAAACAGAAAGUGGUUGAGGAUAGUUCAUGUGCAUUGUGCAGCAAACAAGAUUUCAACAAUAAUGAGUUUGGUCCAUGGACAGUAAUGAUUUGUGACCAGUGUGAGAAGGGAUAUCAUGUUGAGUGUUUGAAGGAUCAUAACAUGGCUAACCUAGAGAAAGUACCUGAAGGUAAUUGGUUCUGCAACGUAGAUUGUGAUGAUAUUCACAUGAAACUAAAGAGUUUUAUGGCUCGUGGGGAUUCACUUCUUUCAGAUUACCUCUUAAAUUUGAUUAAAAAGAAGCAAGAAAAAAAAGGGUUUGAAACUGAAUUAGGUCUUGAUAUAAAAUGGAAGAUUUUCAACACGAAGUUGAUUGAUUCUGGAAUUAUUACUAGUUCGUUCCUUUUCAAUGUUGCUGCUAUUUUUCAUGAACAAUUUGAUUCCAUAGUUGAUACUGGAACAGACAUUGAUUUAAUUCAAGCAAUGCUUCGUGGGACGGAGAUCGAUGAUAAAUAUUAUUUUGGUGGAAUGUAUUGUGCAGUGCUCAUUGUCAACCAAGUGGUUGUAUCAGCUGGGAUUUUUCGCGUGUUUGGAAAAGAUGUGGCAGAGCUUCCCUUAGUUGCAACUAAGGCUGAAUACAAAGAACAGGGUUUCUUUCGUUCCCUAUUUUCCUGCAUAGAGGAUGUACUUAUACAAUUAAAGGUAAAAUGGUUAAUUUUACCGGCAGCUCAUGAAGCUAAGUCAAUGUGGAAAAAAAAAUUCGGGUUCACAACGCCCAAACAAGAGUUGAUGAACGAUUUUAGGAAAUUCUACCAUAAUUUGAUGAUAUUUGAAGGGACGUCGUUACUACAGAAGAAGUUAGUUCCUCCAUCUCAAUAAGGGUGUUGAGCAGAAUACCCAUUUGAAGGCUUUCAAAACUAUGCUGUUGUGGGAAACUUCAAUCCUGUCAGAAGUUUGCAUUAUCAGAUAGUGUUUGCUUCAAAGAAGGUUAGCAACAUGUGUUGUUUUAUGGCAAAGAGGAGUAAUAAUAGAUAUCCAUCAACAAUGGUUUGCGCAAAAGGAGUUUGGGAUACCAUUUUUAAUUGCUUGUGUGGAAUCCGACUUUGUGGGGGG